AUGACAAAUAAUAAUCAGAAUGACGAUAACGAUAAUGAAGAAUCAUUGAAUAUUGUUAAUGUUCACGAUCCAUUCUUUUUAUGGGGUUUACUUGAACAUUCUGAUCGUUCAUUAAUUCGAGCUUAUGAAACACUUCCAGAUGCUGAUCGAAGUCGUUUAUAUUGGUCAUGUCAUUAUCAUAAACGUGUAAAUGUAUGUGAAUAUGUAUUAAAUAAUUGUGAAUUAGUUCGAACAGCUCAUAAUGCAAUUAAAAAAUUAUCUGAACUAGCAAAAGCACAUAAAACUAAAACACCUGAUUUAACAGAGAUACCUGUACCAUUUAUGUUACCAACAUCACCAGAUUUUAUUGUUCAUGAACUUUGUGAUGGUUCAUUUAUAACAUCAAAAGGGAAACCAAUGAAAUUUACUGUUAUCGAUCAAUGUGGCAAAAGAAAAACAUGUAUUUAUAAACAUGGUGAUGAAUUAUUACAAGAUGCUCUAUGUCUUGCUGCAAUGAAAGAAAUGAAUACGAUAUUUAAAGAAGAAUAUAUUAACGUCGAAAUUGUUACUUAUGAAGUUCUUCCAGUUGACGAAACAGAAGGUCUUAUUGAAUGUGUUGAAAAUGUACAUCCAUUUCUUGAAUUUAAAAAUACUGAUGAUGACAAAAAUUCAAAAUCUUCAGAUGCAUUAAAAAAAUUUAUUGAACAAUCAGCAGAUAGAAAAAUAAAUUUAUAUCGAACAUUUCUUGGUUUCGUCAUUUCCGGAAUUGUUUUAAAACUAGCAGAUCGACAUGGUAUAAGUUAUUUUCUUUUUUAAACUAGAACGAACGAAAUGUAAACGUAACAAUCGAGAAAAUAUCUCUCUUACAUAUUAGAUUAAAGUUUCUUUUGACUGUGAGACUUUUCAAUGACUAGCACUUCCGCCAGCGUCAUUAUGUGAUUACAUAUGUAUAAAAAUAGCUCCAGGUAACUAUAUUGAGGGGUUUAGACUGUAAUAUGCCUAUCCGGAUAAUACUAGGUUAAUUUGUCACGCGCAAUUUAAACUAAUCUUGUGUUAUUAUAGUUGGCGAAAAUCCGCUGGACUUACUCCAAAUCGCGCCUGAACUUUCGCCAAUGGCGAGUGUCCAAUUGGCGAAGUGACAGUAAGCCAAUCAAUACUACUAGAUAAAAAUCUAGUACAAUUAACUAAUGUAUUCUGUUCAGCUCUAUACGACUGAAAGAUUUAGCCCACGUGUAUCAUAUUUCGUUUAGAAAUCGAGCUAUAACAUAGCACAGUACCCGCAUUCGGAAAAGUUUUUCUCGAUGUUAUAAGUCAUAACAGUUCCAUCUCUAGUUGAAAAAAACGUAGAAUAUUUUCAUAUUAUUUGAAAUUCUUCAAUUUAAAUCUAAGUAAUACAAAAUAUAUUAUAUUUUACUUUUCAUAGAUGAUAAUAUUAUGAUAACUGACGAUG